GAAGGGCUGAAGAAGGGCUGAAGAAGAGCUCAGCGCUCUGUGCAAAUUGUCAACGUUCGGAAACGACUAAACCGUCACGGGCGCAGGGAUGCUGCUAACAAUCAAAGAUAUUUUUCUCACUUUGUUUAAUAUAUAAUCCACAUUAGCUUUGUCAAUCGAUAUUUUUUCGUUAAUAAAUAUAAACAUCGCGAAGAAGUCCAAUUAUCAAUUCGCAGAGGGCCUUUUUUUUUUUUGUUCAGCAAUUCAAGAUUAGCACCUUGAUCGAGGACACUGCAGCAACUAUAUGCAGGAGGGGGAGUCGAACCAACAACCUUUGGGGUACCUGUCCCUGGAACCUUGUGCACCUCCUGCAAAUGAGCUGUACUGAGGUUUUGUCCUCAUUCACACACGAGAGGAGACUGUUUCCAAAGUUCACCCAGGGGAACACCAAGCAUCAGACAAGUAGGUGGCAAGAAGAGGAUUUGGGGAGCCUCAAAGGCACAAACGCACAUACAGCAGAGUUAUUGGAUGAGUGUAUGAGUGUGGACACGCUGAACUUUGUUACCAGGUCCAGGGUCAUGGCCGUGUGUGUGAAAAACGAAUGUGAUCUGGGCUCCUCACACUCGGUAAGUGUAGCCAUGACACAAAAUCACCACACCGAUGAGCUGGGAUCGGGACGGUGCCAGGAGUUCAGGGAAGCAAAAGCAUGGAGUUGUCACCCAGGCAGCAAGAAGGGAGGAGAGCACAUCAACUCUCUGUGUGUCGAUGGAGACGUAGCAGCCGAGAGGAAGAGUGAAUCGAGUACAAUUUCAGCUUCUUCAGACCACUCAUUACAUAAAGAGCAUCCGAAAGAGAAAAAUCAUUCAGAAGAACUAUUUUCAUCUUCUUGCCAUGUGGAAAAUAAUGUUCACAAAAGAAGCAACUGCUCGGGCUCCUUGCAGAAGUGCACUGGUACCGAAAUGAAGUCUGAAUUAGAUUUAGGUGAAGUGGAUUUCAAUGAAUGUACAUCUAAUACUGAAAUAAAACCAUGCAACAGCGGUAAGACGGAGGAGCCCGAAAAGGGUCUCUUAGCCAAUGAUUCAGAACCAUCGUUUUCUGCUUUGUAUCUCGGAGAGAGCGAAAUCCAUAAACACCAGCAGCUGGAUUCAAGCAGAGUAAAAAAUAGUUGUUCUGAAUGUGGGAAGACUUUUAAGAAUUCCUACAACUUGAAAAGGCACAAGAAGAUUCAUUUGGUUAUAAAGACUCGCAGCUGUGAUGAAUGUGGGAAGACGUUCCCGAACACGGCUGCCUUGACAAGGCACAAAAAAACCCAUUUGAACGAGAAAAAGUUCAACUGCGAUCAGUGUGGGAAAGCGUUCUCCACUUUGUCCUGCUUGAAGAAGCACCACAGGGUUCACUCUGGGGAGAAACCCUACAUCUGUACCGAGUGCGGACAGAGGUUUACCGCGUCAUACUCCUUAAAGGUGCAUAUGCGAUUUCACUCCGGUGAGAAACCAUACCAGUGCAGCGAGUGUGGAAUGAGGUUUCACACCCGAGCAACCUUCAAGAAUCACGUUUUAAAUCAUACAGGAGAAAGGCCGAACGUGUGCGAGAAAUGUGGCAAGAGAUUUAAGACCGCCGUUUCCUUAAGGAGGCACAGUCACUCGGAAAAGCCAUACAAGUGCACCGAAUGUGGAAAGGGUUUUACUCUGUUAUUUCGCCUAACCAGGCACAAGAGAGUCCACACUUCUGUAAAGCCGUACAGAUGUUCUGAGUGUGGCAAGGGCUUCGCGAGGGAAAUGAACUUGAAAAUCCACCAGAGGGUUCAUUCUGGUGAGAAACCGUACAGCUGUACCCUGUGCGGGAAAAGCUACGCGCAGCAAGGCGGCUUGACGAUGCACAUGAAAGUCCACUUUGACGCAAAAACUAAAGUGUGCGGUCAUUGUGGAGAAUGUUUUAAGAAUCUGUCACUUUUAAAAAGGCACCUUAAAAUUCACACCAAGGAGAAACAGCAAGAGGUUCUGCCUGCGGCCGUUAAAAAUGAACGCGAUCUAAGUUCCUCGUUUACAACAGUUUCGGCUCCAAGCCGGAAUCUUAAGUCGGCUGAGACGGAAGGAGUGAGUCACCUCACCAGACACAUCAAAAUGGAGAUUGUUGACCCAGGGUAUCCUGAGGUGGAGCAGUGCCCUGACUCACGGUUUGAUGGUGCCGGAGUACCAUUCGGACCAAAAGAAAAAGAAUCCAGUGGACCUAGUGGGCUCUCAGCCCACACAAAAGAUUCAGUGACCAAAUCACUGAACAUCAGCACCGAGGCUGAGCGGUCAGGACUGUGUUUGGAUUCUGAACGAGUGAAAACAGAGAUGAUGGAUUCAAGUACUGUUAUGGUUGGAGGGCCAGAUGUGUUGCAGAGUACUGAUGAUGCUGAAAUGUCCGUUGGCCCAAUGAAAUCUGAAUCAAGCGCAGCUUCGGAGCUCUCGGUCGACCAAGAAGAUUCAGGUGUGAUCCAGAAUCUCAUUGUUGGCAAGUCGAGACUGUGCGUCGAUCUAGAGCAAAUGAAGCAGGAGAUUAUUGAAUCGGAACCCAUUCAGGUUGAUGAGCAAGUGGGUUCCGACAGAACGGCGGAAAGGACAUGUGAGUCGAGUGCAGCCAAAGUGCUCUUCUGUGAUGUGGCGUGUAACACGGAGACGGAGCUGUCAGAUGAGCUCCAGAAGGACAUGUCUGAAAACAGUGCAAUAUGUCAAGACUCCGAUGAGUCAUUAUCUUUGUCUUUUCAGAGGGAUGUUUUUGAAGAAACUGGUCGGUCAGACUUCAUCCGGUGUGAACCGUGUAGUGCGGAACAACAGCCACCCAAUCCAGGAAGAAGUAAACAUGUUUGUUCUGAGUGCGGAAAAUGUUUAAAAUCACCUUCCGCCCUUGAAAGGCACAAGAGAGUUCACGUAAGCGAAAAGCCGCACACCUGUGAGGAAUGCGGAAAGACUUUCUCGAACGCCACUUACCUAACGAAACACAAGUACACUCACGCCACGGAGAAGAAACACGUGUGCGAUCAAUGUGGGAAGGGCUUCAUCAGUCGGUCGUGCUUGAAGAAACACCUGCGGGUUCACUCUGGCGAGAAACCCUACGUGUGCACUCAGUGCGGACAGAGGUUUACGGCAUCCUACUCCUUGAAGGUGCACAUGAGGUUUCACUCUGGUGAGAAACCGUACCAGUGCAGUGAGUGCGGCAUGAGGUUUCACACCCGAGCAACGUACAAAAACCACGUGUUAAAUCAUACAGGAGAGAGACCGAACGUUUGUGAAAAAUGUGGCAAAAGGUUCAAGAACGCAGCAGCGCUGAGGCGACACUGUCACUCCGAGAGGCCGUACGUCUGCACUGAGUGCGGGAAGAGUUUCACGCAGUUAUUUCGUCUGAAGGUACACAAAAGAGUGCAUUCCGGUGAGAAACCGUACAUCUGCAAUGAGUGUGGGAAAAGUUUCAGUCAGCUGGUGAACCUGAAGAUACACAAGCGAGUGCACUCUGGUGAGAAACCGUACGUGUGCGCGGUGUGCGGGAAAGGCUUUUCGCAGUUGAACGGCCUCACGGUUCACAUGAAGGUUCAUUCGGGAGAAAAGCAGUGUCUGUGCGAUCACUGCGGUAAAUGCUUUAAGCAUUUCUCCGACUUAAGAAGACACAUUAAAAUUCACCUGGAUGAAAUACCGCUUAGCUGCUCGGACUGCGGAAAGUGGUUUGCCGACAUGAAUAAUUUGAUACAUCAUAAAACCACUAACUUGUGCGAAAAAGCUGUUGUUCUGAAAGUAGAGUGAUUUAAUGGGCAGCGUGCAGCGUAUAAAAUACCUAAACUGAAAUGCCCUGCACUAAAGCCUGCUACGAAUUUUCAGUGCCGUUCUUUCUUGUAUACUGUAAUGAAAUAUCAGUCUAGGUGUGAUGCUAUAACCAGACUUACGCACUAUGUAUUGCAGUAUUUAUUAUUAUUAUCCCACAAAUGUGCAGUAGAAGCUGUUUACGUAGAGCUAGUUUGUGAUUUCUGGUUAAUUUAACAAUAAAUCGUGAAAAUCAUGAACUUGUAGUCUGCUAACA